ACAAAGUUAUUUGAGAACAAAAAUUGGGCAAUCUCAUGUUUACAAUGGAUUGGUUUACACCAUAUUGAUAGAGAACAUAACAAUAUUUCUGAAAAUUUAUUUAUUAAAUUAACAAGUAAUGAUAAAAAAAAAUCAAAAGAUUUAUUAAAAAAAGAAUAUUUACCAGAAACUUGGAGAAAUGAAAUACAAGAAAUCCUAAAUUCUAACAAAAAAUGUGAAAUAGAAUCAUUAUGUUAUGAUGAUAAUGAAAACUUACUAAAUUAUUUAAUAGCAAAAGUUAAUAAUCCUACAUCAUGGUUAUAG